AUAUCAUUAUAAAAGAAGGCAAGAUAAUUAUCGCAUAGAAGCAAUGGAAACAGGGGGGGAACUGAGAAGUGCGAAAGCAUUGAGCAUAGAACAAGGUCAAACAAAGGGCAGUGAAAAUCACAAGUAUGGUCUUACUUCUGCUCAUACCACAGACCAUGAUUCAUGGCAACAAGUGGGAUUGCUGCUAGUGACAAGCUUCAACUGCGGAUGGAUACUCAGUUUUUCAAAUCUCAUGUUGGUGCCUUUGGGUUGGACAUGGGGUAUCAUAUGCCUGUUUGUUGUGGGGCUCUAUUCUGCCUAUGCUAACUGGCUCUUGGCGGCAUUUCACUUCAUUGAUGGUCAGAGGUUCAUUAGAUACAGAGAUCUUAUGGGCUAUCUUUUUGGCAGAGAAAUGUAUUACAUCACUUGGGUGUCUCAAUAUUUGACCCUACUUCUUGGAAACAUGGGUUUCAUUCUCCUCGGUGGUAAAGCACUAAAGGAGAUCAAUUCAGAAUUUAGCGACUCACCCUUGAGGCUCCAAUAUUUCAUCAUCGUCACUGGAGCAGCCUACUUCAUAUUUGCACUUGUUAUUCCAACAUUGUCAGCGAUGAGAAGUUGGCUUGGAGUCUCUACCAUCCUCACUUUCACUUACAUCACCAUCCUUAUGUUGGUAUUAGUUCAUGAUGGGAAAUCUAACAAAAGUAGAGAUUAUGAGAUACCUGGAAGUAAAGUGAGCAAAGUUUUCAAUGCCUUUGGUGCAAUUUCGGCCAUUAUUGUUUGCAACACCUCCGGCUUGCUACUAGAAAUACAGUCAACUUUGCGAAAGCCAGCGGUCAAGAACAUGAGGAAAGCCUUGUAUCUACAAUAUACCGUGGGGCUCAUAUUCUACUAUGGUGUGAGCAUUGCAGGGUACUGGGCUUAUGGGUCAACGGUAUCCGUGUACCUUCCUGAAGAGCUCAGCGGUCCUAAAUGGGCCAAGGUCGUCAUUAAUUCUGGUGUCAUUCUACAGUCUAUAGUCUCCCAGCAUAUGUUUGUCGCACCAAUUCAUGAGAUGCUUGAUACUAGGUUCCUCAGGCUCAAUGAAAGCAUCAAUUCAAAAGAAAACAUCAAACGUAGAUUCCUCCUGCGAGCACUCCUCUUCACAUUCAAUACAUUUGUGACAGCAGCUUUUCCUUUCAUGGGGGACUUUGUAAACUUGUUAGGAUCAUUUACGCUCAUACCCAUAACCUUUAUCUUCCCAAGCAUGAUUUUCAUCAAGGUGAAGGGAAAGACAGCAAGACUGGAAAAGAAGGUGUGGCACUUGUCCAACAUUUUUCUCUUUUCCCUCCUUACAGUAGCAACCACGUCCUCCGCGGUUCGAAUAAUUAUUGAAAAUAUUCGCGAGUAUAAUUUCUUUGCAAAUACAUAAAUACAUGCAAGUUAAGUACCAUACAUGUUUAGUCGUCAUGGUAUGCGACUAUGACAACUGACUGCAGCUGGGUCCCUUAUUUGCAGAAAACAUUUGCAAGGAAUGAUAAUUUCAAAGUGGCAAAUAUAGUGGAAAUGUGUAAACUAAUUUUUUC